CGUGAUUUAUCAGUAUAAUGUGCCAUUUAUAGAUCAGACAGAGAUGUCAGACUGUGAGCCGCUGAGUAAACGCCAGAGAGUGAUGAAGUCUGAUCCCUCACAGUCCGAUCAGUGCCACUCAUUACAUACAGGAAGACAGAUUCAAAUGAGAAACUCCAAAGGUAAACGAGCGCAGAAGUCUCUGGAUCACUGGCUGGUAAAGAAACCCAACGUGACCCAGACAGACCCUCAACCUGAGCACGAAGAGCCAGAGGAAAGUCGAGAAAGGUCCGAUGAUCUUCACAGAACUGAAAGCAGAGCAACAGAAAGUCCGCGAACAUCCCAGCUGGAACCAGCGAGUGAUCCCGGACGAGCUGCUGCUGCUGAUCUGUUGUCAGCUGAAGAUGCUCAAAUAAAGACGAACACAAUCACAGACUUCUUCACAAAAACAUCAAUGAAGUACAGCUGUAGAAAGGCACGAGCUCCAGUACUGGCUGGGCAGACUGUCAGCAGUGACGUCACCUGGCUGGGCGUUCCUCUCGGUGAGCUGCAGAGGGCGCCGGCGUGCAGCAAUCCGUUACCCCGCCUGAAAGCCACAGACACACACACGGUGAUGAUCAGGACUGACCUGUUGCAUCCUGGGAAAGUUCCAGUACCGUAUCCCUCUCUAGACAAAACUUCAGACUGCUGGGAUGCAGCACACGUGAAGAUGCCCUGCUCCAAACACAACCUGUUCCCGUCCGGACACAGUACGCAGACACUUGAGAGCCGUUGGGUUUUAAUCAAUAAAGCCUUGAGGAGGCCGUUCAGCUCUUCUGAAGAUGUGAAGGACGCUAUAUUGAAAUAUAACGCAGCUCAUGCAAAAGGCUGGGACUUCACAGCACUGAAUAUUUACUGUCAGGGUCUGCAGAAGGCUGAAUGUGAGCAGAUGUUUAGAGAUCUGAUUCCAGCUAUGGUGGAGUUGGCGUUAAGGCUGGACAGUCUUUGCACGCAGCCCAUUCCUCUUCUGCAGUCGCAGCAGUGCCGUUCAGUCACGAUGUCUCAGGAGCAGGUGUCAUGUCUGCUGGCGAAUGCCUUCUUCUGUACGUUUCCCAGACGCAGCUCUCGCAGGACAGAGUUCAGUAACUAUCCUGACAUCAACUUCAACAGGUUAUUUGAAGGCUCUUCACAAAAGAAACUGGAAAAACUCAAAACUGUUCUGUGGUACUUUAGACGAAUCACACAACACAGGCCCACUGGUGUUGUAACGUACAUGAGACGAUGUCUGCAGAGUUUCCCGUCGUGGUGGAGUUCAGAGCAGACAUUCAGCAAACUACACAUCACCUGUGAUGGAACCAUAGAAGAGCACGGAUACGGCAUGUUGCAGGUAGACUUUGCUAACAGGUUUGUUGGAGGAGGAGUGAUUGGUUCUGGUCUGGUUCAGGAAGAAAUUCGUUUUCUGAUUAACCCAGAACUCAUUGUGGCCCGACUCUUUACUGAGGCCCUCGAUGACAACGAGUGUUUGAUCAUUACAGGUACGGAGCAGUUCAGCAGAUACUCUGGAUACUCGGACACAUUUAAAUGGGAUGGUAACCAUGAUGACCAGACACCAAGGGAUGAAUGGCAUCGCAGAUACACUGAGAUCGUUGCCAUUGAUGCUCUCCAUUACAGAAACUUCCUGCAACAGUUUCACCCAGACAACAUGACGAGAGAGCUUAACAAGGCCUACUGUGGUUUUGCUCGUCCUGAAGUCAAAACUAAGCACCUUUCAGCUGUCGCUACGGGUAACUGGGGCUGUGGAGCAUUUGGCGGAGACACGCGUUUAAAAGCUGUGUUGCAGAUGAUGGCUGCAGCCGAGGCUCGGCGUGAUUUGAUUUACUUUACGUUUGGAGACGCAGAGCUGCUCAGAGACAUCCACAACAUACACACUCUCAUUACCCACAAACAAAUUACUGUAGGAUCCAUGUUUGGUGUGUUACAGAAGUACUACGAGCGUGUUUGUUCAACAGCAUCCAACAGGAAACUGCAGGAAUCGCUUUACUGCUUCCUCUCUGAACAUCUUUGACAUCUGCUUGCGUCUCAUUCAAAUCUCGCUCUGUCAUUUCUCGGCUGAGGCGCCUGAUCCAAUGAUUGGCUAAAAGCAGAUAAAAGCAGCUGAACCUGCUGGGCUUCAUAUCGACGUGCCGCUCGCUGGCAGUGCCAUGAUCUGAACAGAGUCUUUGUAGCGUACGGAUUUCAAACGAGCAUCGGCAGUCGGGUGUGUCGUGAUAAUCUCAAAGAUCAUUGAGUUUUCCUCUCUUGUUCUGCCCCUGAAUGAGUUUGACCUUUAAAGUGGCAUCUGCCACCCAUCGCAUGUCAGACCCACCAUCACCUCAGUUAGCAAACAAACAUAUUCAGUAAUGUUAAUAAAAUGUCUUUGUUUCUAUUUGUUACUAAAUAAAAAAAAAUUAAAAGCUUAUAGAAAAGCGACAAAAUAGAAACAAACACAGCAGGAGAAUGCGAGUAUGGUCUCCCAAUAACAAGACUUUAUUCAAAAUAAGAUUGUAAGUCAUGUUUUUAUCGUUGGUCUUUGUGAUUUGAUAACAUUUGUUAACAUGAAUCAGGAUCGUGUGCUACAUCUGCAUUGUAGAUCUGAGGCCUUUCACAUCAGCAGCGCCUCAAGAAAAUGAGAAGAAAGCGAGACUUCCCAGUGACACGGCAGCUGUUUGUGUUCUUUUAGUCCUGUAAAAGUUUAUUUAGAUUAGAUCUGCAGACAUGUGUGAGGCGCAUGACAUGUAAAAUUGAAGCUCUCUGAGAAGGUGGCUAUGGUAAUUGAAAGCUAUGAUGGGUAAUAGAGGAGUGUGGUCGUCACUGACACGUCCCACUGCUCCUAAACAAGCUUUCAGUCUGCGAGAGGGAAACAACCUCACGUUUACGACCAAGUGUCAACAUCGUGUCUUCAGAGAAGAGAAACAUGAGCCUGAAGGCCUCACGGCGCAGCUCCGCGAUCAGCCCUUUCCUGUCUCUGUUGAGAGGACCAUUUGAGCGUCUCAUUACAGAGCUGUCAAAUAGGUAAAGUGGUAGAAUGUGAACCCGUCAGUGUGUUGAGAGGAACAGAAAUGUAAAGAUUUUUAAAAUCCUGAGGUGACUGACUUGGAUGGCUUAGUAUUCCUGAAGUCUUAGUGGAUGACUGUUGGUUGUCUGUUGAUUCCUACACGGCGCAAGAAGGUGUAGAUUAUGGAGAAAUCGAUGUAAUGUUAAUUACAGGUGAAGUUAAUCAGAUUACAAAAGUUUCUGCAGACAUAGUCGAGUUGUAAAACUCAGUGCAGAAUUCUUUGCCUCUUGUUUUAUGUCAGUUGUUUGUACUGUAUGUCAUGAAUUGUAUUGUAUUAUUGUCAUGUUUUUCUUUGCUUGAUUGCCUUGAGACAACACGCAUGGUUUCUUUCAUUAGACAGAUAGACAUAGUUUAACCAGAAAGAUGGCGAAGGCCUCAAGGAUGAAUCUGUGAUUCUAAUGACUAUUAACAUCAUCUUGAAUUCAGACAGUGUGCUAAAAACAUAAACUGAUUUCUUUAAAGGAAAAACAUUAUAAAUGGCUUUAUCUUAUACAGUGUUAAGAAAAAGUAUGUGAACCUUGUGAAAUUUCAUAGUUUUCUGAAUAAAUUUGUCAUAAAAUGUGA